AUGAGUAAACGAUAUGAUCUAGAAAAUCCUAAGGAUUUGGAAGAAGUACAUCGCCUUCUUCUCGACGACGAGGUAUCCAUUGAAGAUGAAGAUGAUCUUGCAGAAACUGAUUCAGAAACCGAAGAUAUACUCGAAACACGAUCUGUAGACUCAGACACAGAUCAUGAAUUUGAUGAAGAGGAAAAUAAUGAAGCGCAGGAAACUGAUGAACAUUACUAUUUUGAAGCUGAACCAGAGCGAUUGUUGAAGGAUGAAAACAAUGAGUUAGUGACGAAGGAAGAGCAGCAGCAGCAAAAGCAGGAACAGCAGCAGCAACAUAUACAACAGAGUCAGUUGCAAAAUACAUCUGUCAGUCCUGUUUUGCAGCUAUCAUCAAAGCAUAACCAGACACGAAAAUGUGUCUCAGAAAAGACUGGGGAACAUCAUCUUCACCAUCCAAAAGACAACACAGAAUUCCAGUCAAAAGAAGUACAUCAACAUGAUCAGCUGGUAGGCUUUGGUCAUCUUUCACAGCGGGAUAAGGCAUGUUCAUUGACAGAAGAAAAACAAUUACAAAAUGUAGAAAAAGAGGAAGUGCUAGUGAAUGAAGCAAUGCAGAAAUCGAGGUUAUCAAACGAAUUAAAAGAGCACCAACGAAUCUGUCUCAAUUUGAGUGGUGGAAAUGAUAGAUUAAAGUAUUGUAGUAGUGGCAAGGAUUUAAAACUGAACCUUCCAGAAGAUCAGUUACUUCAGCUUCAGAAAACUGUUUCACAGAACUGUUAUCCACCAAAAUGUGAUUUUCUUCUCAAAGCAAGUCAGCUGUACAAAGAAAAUGAACCACAACAAACAUUGAUCAAAGUCCAACAAGACUCAGUAUCAGAUCAUUUCUGCCAAGAAAAGGAUUGCAAAGCACACAAUCAAAGAACAAUUAAUGUUAAGGAAACUGAACAACAGGUAUUGGAACAGCAAAUACCAGAAGAUAAAGGUCACCAGUCAUUGGAGUCAGCUAGUAGAACACAACACUGUGAAUGUGCCAAGCAGCAGCAUGCAGGUCUACAGGGAAAGCUGCAAACAGAACAUGAGCACCUAAACAGAGUCGUACAGAGAGAGAAAUUCUUGACAGCACAAAAAUCGAGUUUCACAGAUGUUCAAGGUCAAAUCAUAACUGAUCAAGCAAGACAGCUAGCAGAGGAUCGAGGCCGGCAAGAUGCACUGAACCAAGGAAUGAAGCCUACUGUAAACAAAGAGGAGCCACUAAGAAAUAAACAAGAGAAUCAUUUCUUCAUAGAACACAUCAGAGGGACAGAGCAGCAGACACACACUAUGGAGCACCUUCCAAUGAAUAAUGGGGGCCACUUGAGCACACACGGUAGUCCCAAAUCUGUGACCAUUAAUGAACGGCAGUUCACUAAUGAUGUAGAUUGUCCAUUUUCAUCUGAUAGAGAACAACUAUUCCCUAUAGAAAAUAGAUUGCAAGUUAAUGUCCAGAAGCCUCUGCAGUCAAUUGAAGAAGAAAAACGGGGAGAUAUGGGAAAGUCAGGAGAAUAUCUCCCUUCAAUAAAUGAUGAACUGCAUUCUGUUGAAAGAGUUGAAGGACAAAAUACAAUAAAUCAAGAGACUUCUGUUGGAAUAUGCCAGCAGCUUCCUGUUAAAUUACGCCACUUGCUUCCUGCAACACUGCAUGCAGCUCUGUCAUUUGGGAAAGGCCAAAAACUCUACCAGAAUGAAGGAAGAAAACAGUCCGCAGAAAGUGAACUGCAGCUUUUUCCAGAAAUCAAAGAACCUCCUAUGGUAAAUAGACUCAGAUGUGAAUGUGAGGAGCAACAUAUCAUAAAGCAGUUGAGUGAAAAACAAAGGCAGGAAUACAAUGUAAAAGGACAACAGCUUGUUUCAAUAGAAGCCCAACACCGAAAUAAUCACACACAUCCUUUUGGUUCUGCGAAAGAUCUGCAGCAGCCCACUGUUGAGCAAAAUCAACAGCUCAUUACAGUACAUGGGUGGCAUAUCACUCAUUACCAACUCAGUGGCGAAGCAGUUCGACAAUCUGCAAUGGAGAAAGUAUCCUCUCUUACACCAAUAAAAAAACAACAAAUAGUAUUGGGACAAGAGCAGUCAAACUGUGCAGAACAAAAGGAGCAAUUGAUAAAAAUAGACCAACCAUUUACAGCACACAAACAUCACAAGUUAAGGACUGGUAAAGAGCAGGGAACGAUUGUUAAUCAAGGGCUGUACACCACAAAUUAUCAACAGCCUCAGAUUGUGUCUGGUCAACAACAAUCUUCUGUACCUAAUAAACUGCAACCAGACGUGGGAAACAAAAAUCAGAAAUUGACAAGACAAAUAAAUCAAGUUGUUUGUGACAAAGAACUGAAGCUGAAAGCAAAAAGAAGGAAACAGUUCGACAAACAAGAGGGGCUGGUUCCUAACACAGAACAAACAAGGCCAUUUGCUGGGGAGCAUAUACAGCAAAUCACCGUAAAGAAAAUGUCAGAACUUGUCCCGAGAUAUGAACAAGGACAACUAACACUAAAUCAAGGGCAGCAACAGGAAACUGUGAAACAAGACGAGCAACUACAAGGGGGACAAGGCCAACAUCCUACAGGAAAACAACCCCAGCAGUCAGUAAUCGAAGAAAUCAAGGGGCUAACUGAAAGUGAGGAUUGUCAGCAACCAGCUGUGGAACGAGCACAAGAGGGGCCAGUGGAAAGAUUUCAGCAGUCUUUCACAAAACAAGCCCUACGAUUGUCAGCAGAGCUUAGCCAAGAAAUUCUAAUGCAAACAUUUCAGGACACCGUAACAAAAGAAGUUAAGUGGCUACCAACAGAACAAUAUCAGUGUGUAGUGACUGAGCAAGAGUGGAAGGUAAAGGGACUUCAAGAACUAUCAACUUCAACUUCUCAUUGCGAGAAAGAACUUAAAGAACACUCAUCAGUAUUUUUACUGUCAGAAUUAAGUAAAACAGGUUAG